GGUGUCAUGGAAAAUCAGAUUACUCACCGUGUAGGAAAAAGGGGAGCCGCUCAAAAGGGUCAUGUCAAAGAAACCCAUCUGCCCGAAAACUUCACGCCAGUGAAGCAGAAACCCUCCAAGGAGCUGAAGCCCAUGCUCGGGGCCAUCGUGCUCGGCCUCAUCCUCUUCAUUGCUGCCGUGGUGGCCUGGUGCUACUACAUGGCGUCCCUGCGGAAGGCGGAGCGGCUGAAGACGGAGCUGAUGGACCUGCGGCCAGACGGGUUUGUCAUCAAGAACCAGAACGGGGAGGUGGUUUUCCGUCUGGCCUUCCAGUCGGGGAGCCUCGACCUGGAGUCGUGCUCCAAGGAGGGGGAGAUUUUGAGCUGCACGCGGUCGGACAGGGGGCCGCUGAACUUCUUCAUCCAGACGGUGAAGCCCAAGGACACGGUGAUGUGCUACCGCGUGCGCUGGGAGGAGUUUGCGGCCGGCGUGACGGUGGAGCACACCAUGUUCUGGGAGGACGCCCACUGGUACGGGGGCUCGGAGAUGAGCACCCAGCACUGGCCCAUCCGCCUCGCGGGCUACCAGGAGCCCGUGCCCUACGUGACGAGCGACGUCUACUCCUUCCGGGACAGCUUUGGGGGCAUCCUGGAGCGCUACUGGCUCUCGUCCAAAGCGGCGGCCAUCAAGAUCAACGACUCUGUGCCCUUCCACCUGGGCUUCAACGCCACGGAGCGCACCCUCUUCUUCCAGGCCCGCUACAAGGAUUCGCCCUACAAGCCCCCGCCGGGGCAGCAGCCCUUCCCCGAGCUGAGCUACCGGGUGUGCGUGGGCUCAGACGUCACCUCCAUCCACAAGUACAUGGUGCGCCGGUACUUCAACAAGCCCUCCAAGAUCCCCUCCGAAAAUGCCUUCCGCUACCCCAUCUGGUCCACCUGGGCCCUGUACAAAAACGAUAUCGACCAAGAUAAAGUUCUGGAUUUUGCAGAAAAGAUUAAGAAGUACCGUUUUAACUGCAGUCACAUUGAAAUUGACGACAUGUAUACGCAAGCGUAUGGGGACUUUGACUUUGACCCUGUCAAGUUCCCCAACGUGACAGAGAUGUUCACAAAACUGAGGGAGGAUGGGUUUAAGGUGACCCUGUGGACUCAUCCCUUCGUACACACAGAUUCCUCCAAUUUUGGGGUGGGGAUUGAGCGCCAGCUGUUCAUCAAGGAGCCAUCGGGGCGGCUGCCAGCCAUGGUGGAGUGGUGGAACGGCAUUGGGGCCAUCCUGGACUUCACCAACCCGGCGGCCCGGGACUGGUUCCAGAGCCACCUGCGACAGCUCCGCCACAAGUACGGCAUCUCAUCCUUCAAGUUCGAUGCCGGUGAGACCAGCUACCUGCCCAAGCAGUUCAGCACCUUCCAGCCACUGUCGGACCCCAGCAUCUGGUCCAGGCACUACACGGAGAUGGCCAUCCCCUUCUACGAGCUGGCCGAGGUGCGGGUGGGCUACCAGUCCCAGAACAUCUCCUGCUUCUUCCGCAUCAUUGACCGUGACUCCGUGUGGGGCUACGAGCUUGGCCUCAAGUCCCUCAUCCCCACGGUGCUCACCAUCAGCAUGCUGGGUUACCCUUUCGUACUGCCGGAUAUGAUCGGAGGAAACUUCCUGCCCAAUAAAACGGAGAGUGCAGUGGAGAUCCCAGACCGGGAGCUCUACGUCCGGUGGCUGGAGCUGUCGGCCUUCAUGCCCUCCAUGCAGUUCUCCAUCCCGCCCUGGCUCUACGACAAGCAGGUGAUAGAGAUUGCGCAGAAGUUCACAGAGCUGCACGAGUCGCUGGUGGCCCCGCUGCUGCUGGAGCUGGCCGGGGAAAUCACGGACACGGGCGACCCCAUCAUCCGGCCCAUCUGGUGGAUCUCUCCCAGCGACGAGGCUGCUCACAAAAUUGACUCCCAGUUCCUCAUUGGGGACACCCUCAUGGUGGCCCCCGUGCUGGAGAUGGGCAAGCAGGAGCGUGACGUCUACCUGCCGGCGGGCAAAUGGCGCAGCUACAAGGGGGAGCUGUUUGAGAAGACCCCGGUGCUGCUCACAGACUAUCCCGUUGACCUGGACGAAAUUGCCUAUUUCCUCUGGGUUUCGUAACAGACUCCUUCAUCAGCUUUGCAAUAGGCUCAGGGGUUUAU